AUGGCGAUGCCCCCGCCCUCCUACAUGCGCCAGAACUACCACCCGGACUGCGAGGCCGCCAUCAACCACCAAAUCAACCUGGAGCUGUACGCGGCCUACGUGUACUCGGCCAUGGCCUUCUGCUUCCAGCGCCACGAGGUGGCCCUGAGUGGCUGCAGCCAGUACUUCCAGAAGCGGUCCCUGCAGAAGACGGAGCAGGCCCAGAGGUUCAUGUGGCUGCAGAACCAGCGCGGGGGCCGCGUGCUCCUGGAGAGCGUCCACUGCCCGCAGCAGGAGGCAUGGCAGAGCAGCCUGAAUGCCAUGGAGUUCGCCAUGGUCCUGGCGAAGACAGUGAAUGACAGCCUGCUCCACCUGCACAGCCUGGCCUCCGACAAGAAGGACGCCCACCUGUGCGAGUUCCUGGAGAGCCACUGCCUGCACCAGCAGGUGCAGUUCAUCAAGGAGCUGGGGGACAAUCUCACCCAGCUGCGCAAGAUGGGGGCCCCGGAAUCCGGCCUGGCCGAGUACCUCUUCGACACACUCACCCUGGAUGCCAGCAAGAAGAACGAGCCCGGACUGCCUGACUGA